AUGACUCAAUCGAUAUUAUCAGUAGAUAUAAAAUCAGAUAUUGAAAUAUAUCAAAAAAAUAAUAAUUUGCAAGAUUUAACAUCAUCAUUUGAAAAUGAAGAUGAUGAUUUUAAUGAUUUUAUAUUAAAUAAAUUAAAUUUAUUACAGUCUAUAAAUGAACCAGAUAUGGUUUUAACCUCCAGAGCUUGGUAUUGUCCUGAAAUUCCAUGUGCAAAUGAAGAAGAUUAUUGA